GAUGGCGGCCGCGUUGUCCGUACCGGGGCCCGCGGAGGCUCCGGUACCGGAGGUAGGCCGCGGCCUAGGCCGGGCCCCGGAGGAGGCGCUGCCGCCGCUGGACCGGGCCGAGGUGCGGAGCCGCUUGGCCCGCAGCGCCCGGCAGUUCCGGAACCGCCGGAAGUUGCUGAUCCGGGGGCUCCCGGCGGACGUGAGCAACCAGGAGGUGCAUGACCUGCUCCGGGACUACAAGCUCAAGUAUUGCUUCGUGGACAAGGGCAAAGGGACCGCCUUCGUCACGCUCCUGAACCGCGACCAGGCCGAGGCGGCCAUCGCCCGCCUGCACCGGAGCCGCCUGCGCGAGCGCGAGCUCUCGGUGCAGCUCCAGCGCCCGGAGGCCCUGCUCUGCGUCGCCAACCUCCCGCUGCGCCUCAGCCAGCAGCAGUUCCAGGAGCUCGUCCGCCCCUUCGGCAGCCUCGAGCGCUGCUUCCUGGUCUACAGCGCCCGGAGCGGCCACUCCAAAGGCUACGGCUUCGUGGAGUACAUGAAGAAGGAGGCGGCGGCGCGAGCCAAGCUCGAGCUGCUCGGCCGCCGCCUGGGCACCCGCACCCUCUACGUGCACUGGAUGGACGCCAAGCACCUGAGCCCGGAGCUGCUGCACUCGCGGUGCCUGUGCGUGGACCAACUGCCCCGCGGUUAUUCCGACCGGGACGAGCUGCGCCGCCGCUUCUCUGCCGCCGCCGGCGCGCCCGCCUUCUGCCAGCUGGCCUACGGGCAGGACGGGCGGCUCCAGGGCUUUGCCGUGCUGGAGUACGAGUCGCCGGAGCUGGCGGAGCUGGUGCAGGAGGCCACCGACGGCAUCGCGCUCGCCGGGAAGCACGUCCGCGUCUCCUUCUGCGCGCCCGGCCCGCCCGGCCGCAGCAUGCUGGCUGCGCUCACCGCGGCGCAGGCGACGGCCCUGAGCCGCGGGCAGGGGCUGCUCCCGGAGCCCAGCGUGCUGCAGAUCCUGAGCAGCCUGGGCAACCCCGCGUCGCUGCAGCUCCUGCUGCCUCCGCUGCUGCCCACCGGGAAGCAGGGCAUCCUGGGAGCCGCCCCCUCCGUGGCCCUGGGGAGCAACCCGGCGCUGGCCACCGCGCUCCUCCAGCUGCUGCUGCAGCCCCGAGGCCCGCAGAGACCGGGAAUCCUGGGGGAGGCACCGCUGAGCUCCCGGCCCCACAGCGCCCUGGCUCCGGCUCAGCCCCCGGGCCCAAUCCUGCCCGAGCUCCCCGCCGGUAAGAGCAGGAGAUCCCUUGGGAUUGGGAUGCAUCCGGUGCCAUCCCUCCUCUUCCCUCCCCAUUAUCCCGGUGCCAUCCCUCCUCUUCCCUCCCCGGCUCCUGCCCCCCCCGCCCAGGCCCUGCAGGGGCUCCCCCCCCCGGCCCUGCUGGGCUCCGUCCUUGGGGGGCUCCAGAAGCCGAAGCCGAGCGAGAGCGGAGCCGGGGUUUCCCUUCUGGGGGACCCCCCCAAAGACUUCAAGAUCCCCCUAAAUCCCUACUUGAACCUGCCCAGCUUCCUGCCACCGCCCAGCUUAGGAGGUGCUGCCCCCAAAGGCUUGAACCUGAGCCCGGGGGGGUUGGGGGGCAGCCCCAAAGCUCGGCUCCCGCAGCCCCCCCUGCCCACAGACGCCUUCACCUUUGAUUGCC